UUGACAUUAUUUACCUAAGACAUAAUAGCCAUUUACUUUUACCUCAUUUAUUCUAAGAUACAGUCGUUUUAACGUUAUAUGAAGAGUGUCCCCUCUCCUAAAUAGUUAUAUGCCGUGAAUCUGUCAACACAUGACGGUCGGGCGGUGAAUUUGCCUCAUGAUCUAGUAUAUCCCACUUUUAUUAACACUACUGAGCAAAGUCGGUCAUAUUUUUGGAAGAAGCAGCCAAUCGCUGAUACAAAACACUGCUCGCGACAUUGGAUGUCGGGUGUCACAGUUUUGACGCGCCUGUGAACAUACUGUGAGUGACCAUCAGUGGAAUGAGGAAGGAUGGCGAGCUGCACGCACGUUUUCCAGAUCUCUGGGAUCAAGACCCAAGAUAAGAAGAGAGUUUUGGUCCAGAUAAUCCAGCAGCUGGGUGGAAAAUACAUUGGCGGCUCAGUCUAUCAGCAGGACUCCACCCAUCUCAUAAUCCCUCAGGUUUUGUCCAGCGAGAAGUUUUUGGCAGCCUGUGCUGCAGGAAAGUGGGUUGUGACUCCAGAGUAUGUGCUGGACAGUUUUAAGAAUGGUUCCUGGCUCACAGAGGGACCCUAUGAAAUUGCCAUUACCACAGGUGUCGCGUCUUCCGUCUACCCUGUCAGGCAGUGGAGGGAGAAGGUGGCCAGUGGGAGGGUGACCGGGGCCUUCCAGGGCUGGAGGGUUCUCCUGAUGGUCCAAGAGCCCACCCGCAGGGCCAUGUUCAAACGGCUCCUGAAAGCAGGCCGGGCCAAAGUAUACCACAGCCCUCCUCCCACUCAUGCCUCCGUCACUCAUGUCAUGGCUAAACCCAUCACAGAGGACUCAAAGUCCCACAAUGCUCCUUGCUACCCUGUAAGCCACAUUGUCCAGCACCUCUUUGGGAGCAAUUGUGUGGAUAUGAAGUUCAACAUAACGAAUGAUGAUCCAGCAGAGACAACAGAGGACAGUUUUGUUGAUGUGGACUUCUCUAAGCUGGAGACAGAGCUCCGGGACUAUGUCAUCAAACAGGAGGGCCGGCCGAGACUGUGCCUCCUUGAAUUUCUGGGUUACCAUGACCCGUACCGGCCACAGUCCCAGGCUACAGAAACAGACUUCAGCAAUGUUGGUAGUAUGAUAGAGUGUGGCCUCUUCACCGAAGCCUUGGACUCAAUCAGAAGUGCUAUGUUCCCGGGCCUGCUGCCACCAGCACCAUACCUGGUCUCCCUCUUAGAAUACGCACAGCAGGGAAACGCCACAUCCGUCUUCCUGAGAAACUUCCAGCAGGUCAUGUAUAACCUGCUUAUCACCAACCCCCCCUGGCUGGCUCCCAGCACAGUGAAGAAAUAUUUUGCCCAGGUGUUGCAGUGUCCUCGGUGUAAAACGGGCCUGUGGCCUUUUCUAGAGACCGCCAUCAGCUACUGCCUGUCUACUGAGGUCACUUGUCACCCGCUCCCUGGCCCUGCCCUGCCAAGACUGUUACAUUUCCAUAGUGACCUCCUGGCAUUUUUCCUCAAGCUUUUCCAGGGGGAACUCCACUCUGUCACCGCCGGGGGUUUUGUGCUGCCUGAGGCAGCAGGAGUCUCUCAGGCUUCAGCAUCAGGAUCUUUGCUGUAUGGAACCUUCUGGACCGUGUGGGAGCGCUCCACGCUGUUGUCCCGAGCUGUGAAACGACUAACCCACCUCUUGGUACAGGCUGUCAUUGAGGACUACGCUGAGAGGGAUGAGAGGCAGAAGCUGCAUUUGGCUGACACUCUGCUGGACCUCCUGUCUGUGUUGGUGGAGUUCUGGUGUCAGCAGCACUUCAAGCUGAACCAGAGCCUGGUGGAAAAGGGCCUAAAAGACCUAGCAGAGCACUUUGCUGUCAUCAGCCAGGAUGUAUCUCCGGAGGUUCUGGCAGAGCUGGUUGUCAGGAUUCGCUCUACCAGACUUAAGUUGAUGAUGGCAGAUGCCAUAUUUAGGAGUCUUUGCUGCAGAAGUGGAUUCACAGUUGGAGAUGAACCCCUCUCUUUUAAGAAAAUGGUGCUGUCCUACAUGCCUGCUCUGGAAAAUUUAGCUCAGAGUCCCACCGGCGCUCGCCUCAGGACCGGACCCACCUCCCACAGCUGCACCAGCCAGGGGACCGGCUGCAGUGCUCGGAGCUCUUCGGUGAAUAUAACAAGCACAGAGAAAGAGAACAUCCCCAGGGGUUUGAACAGAGUCAACGCAGCAGGAGAGACCCUCCUCCACAGAGCUUGCAAGAGGAACCAAGUGGAGACCGUGCUUCAGAUCCUGUCGCUUCCUGGCACGGACGUCAACAUUAAAGACCAUGCAGGCUGGACGCCUCUGCAUGAAGCGUGCAACCAUGGCAGCGCUGGGUGUGUGGAGGCUUUGCUACGUCACCGCCCCGCCCCUGUGAUAAAUAACCAGGUGGGUGGAGUCAGCCCACUUCACGACGCUGUGCUAAACAGACACAUGGACGUCGCCAAAAUGCUACUGGAGCAUGCAGGCUCAGUUAUCCUGCAGCAGAAUGAUGGAGACGGGCGGACUGCACUGGAUCUGGUCUCUGCAACAAGUCAGAGGGAGGAGCUCCUCCACAGCGCGCAUGUGGGAGAUUCCGCCCUGAGAAACAACUCGACUGAGGUCUUGAACCUGCCCCUCCUGGAGGCCGGAUCCUCUCUGCUGGCACACCUCAUUUUCUCCUACCAGCAAGAGAGGGGCCUACCCGGCCAUGCGCAGCCCAGCGACAAGUCCCACAGCUUGGGCUACACGCUGCUCAGAGCCCUGGAGGCGCACUCCCACCAAACAGUGACUCUGGGCUGGACAGACCAGCGGGCGGUGAGGCUGGUGGAGGAUGCAGACACACUGCUGGAGCUGGGCAGAGGGAGUUACCUGGGCCAGGUGUCUCUCGCAGUGAAAGAGUGCAAAGGAGAGAAUACACUGUUCCUGAUGGAGAUACUGGAAGACCUUAAGUCUCGGGGGGAAGCACUAGUGGCUGAUCUGUGACACAGGAUCAAUGAACACACUGAAAUUAAUUGAAUGUGCAACCUUUGAUUGAAUGCUAUCAAAAGGGCAUCUUUGUCAGUCAUUUUCAAUUAUUAUAUCAUACAAUUCGCCAAGGCCUAAAAAUGUCUACACAGGCAACAAUCAUCUGUGAAUGUAGGCCUCCAAAAUAAUGUGGCCUUCGCCCAAGCAUGUGUUUUUGAAGUUAGCUGUAUGUUCAUUCAUACAGAGAAACCUUUAUAGCUGCACCGUGGAUUAGAUACAUUUCACUACCUUCUUUUAUAUUUCACAAAUGGAACAAUGUGUCUGUUGAAUAGUCUGAGUUGCAUGUUUUUAUGGCAACACAAUCAUUUCUAUAUAGACUGUUACUACCUCAAGUUAUUUUCUACAGCUACUUUUUCAAUUUUUUUUCCACGUCAACUAUUUAUAAUAAAAUAAAUUAAAGUAACUUUUUUGUACACUCCAUGUGCCAAGUUUUUAAGAGAUUCUGAAAGCUUUAAAUGUUAAGAGUCAUCCUGGUCUGAGAUACUUGAGGCGCUGAUGAGCACUCAGGGUCAGAGACAGCAGUGAGGAAUGAGUGGUUUAAGCCUGCUUGUUGGGGAGGGUCGAGAUUGUUGAAGCUGAAAACAAAUUUUGCAAUAAUCCAGACACUCCAAAGAUGCUAAAAAAUAUUUAAUCUCGUGUUUGUUUUCUCAUUUUAUCUUUCAAAAUAAGCAACAUACAUCAGAUGCAUUUGGACUUCUCAAACCGGAAAUAUACAUCGCAUCUUCUUUUACCCCUCCUAAACCAAUUUAUGUCUCGGCUCCUUAUUCCCAUCCUGAAAUGUCAUUGGACAAGGACUGGGCACAUGAAGAUGAUGUCACACUGGCAGGCAACGUAGCAGGCAGAAAAAGACAGAUCUUAGAAAAUGAGGCAGGCAUACACCUACUUUACAAGAUUAUCACCAGACCAUUAACAGGCAUACUGUAUAAAAUACAAACAUAAAUUAAGUAGAUAGCUAUGUACAGUAGUAUUUAAAAAAUAAAUAGUCUCAUUUCAACUUGGUGCAAAUAAAAGUGCUUUUUUUCCCCUUUACAGCCGACAGUCUGAUACAUUCCUUUAUAUAAUUUAUUUUCUCUACGUCAUACAAAAUAAAAACAGUUUGGUUUGCUUGCAAACAAAGCCAAAAUCCAAUAAGAUAUGACAAAAAAGAAAACGGUAUUUGAAUGCAAUACCACACAAUAGUCACCACAAUUUGCUGUAAAAUAACGACAUACAGUACUAGACACAUACAGUACAUAUCAGGUAUUCAAACAGUCCCUUCAGGCAUUAUAAAAAGCCAUCCUUCACGAGCCACAGAGUGUGUUUGUUGAGGAGGCUAUAAUCAGUCUGCAACGCUGCUCUUAGGGGACAGUCUGUUAUUGUCUUUCAAGUGGAUUCCUCAAAACAACAAAACAAAAUCAAUGGCUCUCUGGAGUGACAGAUCCAAGCCUGUUGAUAUUUAAGCAUGGAGAUGGAUGGGUAAAGAGGGAGGGAGGGAGGGAAAGAGGUAAGGAGAGAGAGGGUACAGGCGAUGGCAAGGAGACAGUCAGGGAGAGAGGGUGACGAAAUGGCAGAACAGAGCUCUCAU